AUGGCAACACAGAAAGCUCUAGUCAUCAUUGGUCCGAAUACAGCAGAGGUGACGACAAGCCGCCCUCUACCUACUCUUCCAGAUGACUGUAUCCUUGUGAAGACCGUCGCGGUCGCACUAAACCCGGCGGACUGGAAACUUCUCAGUCACUCCCCUCCUGGAGGAGCACUACUAGGAUUCGAUUACUCCGGCACCGUCGAGAAAAUCGGAAAAUCGGUGACAAAGCCAUUCAAAACCGGCGAUCGUGUUUUCGGAUACGGCCGUGGCGCCAACAACGAUCGACUAGAAGAUGGAACAUUCGCCGAAUACAUUAUUGUGAAAGGCGAUCUACAAAUACAAAUCCCAGAACACCUUUCAUUCGAAGAAGCCGCCACCAUGGGAGUCGCCCUAUACACUGCCGGCCAAGGCUUAAUCCAGAACCUUGGCCUCCCAUUCAUGAACGAACAAUCCACCGAGCCGAUUCCUAUUCUUAUCUAUGGCGGAUCAUCCGUGACUGGCGCAAUGGGAAUCCAACUAGCCAAACUGGCUGGCUAUACACCCAUAGUCACCUGUUCGAAACACAACUUUGAUUUCGUGAAGUCCCUUGGCGCAGCAGCCGUCUUCGACUACAAGGACCCGGAAAUCGGAAAGAAGAUUCGAGAAUACACGAAAGAUUCCAUGACGCUGGCCUGGGAUACUAUCUCGGAAGAGUCUAGUGCAUUGAUCUGUGCGGCAGCUCUAUCGUCUUCUGGAGGACGAUACGGCUCUCUUGGACCAUCGAAGUGCCCACGGGACGACGUGCAGUCUAACAUGACUGUUGGAACUACGCUCUUUGGGGAGGCAAUUCAAAUCGGAGAAUACAAAAUCCCUGCUAUGCCUGAUCAUCUGGCUUUUGCUAAGAAGCUUGCUGUUCUCUCUGAGAAUUUCUUGGCUGAGAAGAAGAUCAAGCCUCUUGUUCCGAGGGUUAUGGAUGGUGGUUUGAGUGGUAUAGCAAAUGGGUUGCAGUUGUUGCGCGAGAAUAAGGUUAGUGCUCAAAAGCUUGUUUAUCGGGUUGCGGACACUGUAUAG